UUAUACUUAGCCACAAUUUGCAAAAUAUGCUAUUUAUAUAUCACUGUGUUCCUGCGUAUAGGCUAUAAAAUAAAUAGUUACAUUGUCCGAGUAGUUUGGCUGUUCAUUUUGCUCAUAUUUUUGAGUGGGCUUUUCAAUCGGUUACAGUUACAGUAGGCUACCCGCUGGACUGCUUCUGUUGCGGCCACUAGGGCCUUCCAUGGCGAUGUCCACUGGUUGUUGGCUGGUGGUGCGUCUGUAGCUGUGUGUAAGGAGGGCAGCCUACUGAGCCGAGGCGGUCUUUAGCCUCAGUCUGAUCUGAGCAUGUAGGCUGGAACCAUAAACACAUCUUGAAGCAAGCUUUACCCUAGUAAACCCCACAGCACCGAGACAUGCUACAUCCCCAUGAGCUCAGCCGCGGACGUAUGUUCUUGGAUAGAUCUCGGUUCUUAUAGCGCCAGUUAUAGGUUUGAGAAGCGGGAGGAGAUGACGGCGAGGAAAGCCGCUUUUCAACCGCUGUCCAGCUCUCGCAUCCCGGAGAGGAAGGGAGCGGCUGACCGGGGGAAGACUAACUCCGACUGGUCUUAUCCUUUCUCCCAACAGGAGCCGGAGAAAGGCCAAUCAACAGCAGGGAUCCAUGCCCAUGUGGUGGGGGCUGUCGGGGGCUCUGGGGCCGUGGAUGAGUCGUCAGACAGCGAGGGAGAACAAGAAGGCCCGCAGAAACUCAUUCGGAAAGUGUCGACCUCCGGACAACUCAGAAGCAAGACCAGUGUGAAAGAGGGAUUGUUGCUGAAACAGACAAGCUCAUUCCAGAGGUAAAAACGCUAUUUCAAACUGAGAGGACGAACUCUCUACUAUGCCAAAGAUGCCAAGUCACUGAUAUUUGACGAGGUGGACCUAUCUGAUGCCAGUGUGGCUGAGUCCAGCACUAAGAAUGUUAACAACAGCUUCACGGUGAUCACUCCGUUCCGCAGGCUCAUCCUCUGCGCAGAAAACAGGAAAGAGAUGGAGGACUGGAUCAGCUCGCUGAAGUCCGUCCAGUCCCGAGAGCAUUACGAGACAGCACAGUUUAAUGUGGAACAUUUCUCAGGGAUGCACAACUGGUAUGCCUGCUCCCACGCACGGCCCACCUUCUGUAACGUCUGUAGGGACAGCCUCUCUGGCGUCACCUCCCAUGGCCUGUCCUGUGAAGUGUGUAAAUUCAAAGCUCACAAGCGGUGUGCCGUCAGGGCCACCAACAACUGCAAAUGGACCACACUGGCCUCUAUAGGCAAAGACAUCAUCGAGGACGAGGAUGGGAUCGCCAUGCCCCACCAGUGGCUGGAGGGAAACCUGCCUGUUAGUGCCAAGUGUGCUGUGUGUGACAAGACCUGUGGCAGCGUGCUCCGACUGCAGGACUGGCGCUGUCUCUGGUGCAAAGCCAUGGUACACACAGUGUGUAUGGACCUGUACCCCAGGAAAUGUCCGCUGGGCCAGUGUAAAGUCUCUGUCAUCCCUCCUACUGCCCUCAACAGUAUCGACUCUGACGGCUUCUGGAAGGCCACCUGUCCCCCGUCCUGCGCCAGUCCUCUUCUGGUCUUUGUCAAUUCCAAGAGCGGAGACAACCAAGGGGUUAAAUUCCUCCGACGUUUCAAGCAGCUCCUCAACCCUGCUCAGGUGUUUGACCUAGUCAACGGAGGACCACAUCUAGGGCUGCGUCUCUUCCAGAAGUUCGAUAACUUCCGGAUCCUGGUGUGCGGAGGGGAUGGGAGUGUAGGCUGGGUCCUCUCUGAGAUAGACAAACUCAACCUCCACAAACAGUGCCAGCUGGGAGUUCUCCCCCUGGGUACUGGGAAUGACCUGGCGCGGGUGCUGGGCUGGGGCCCGUCGUGUGAUGAUGACACGCAGCUGCCCCAGAUCCUGGAGAAACUGGAGCGGGCCAGCACCAAAAUGUUGGACCGCUGGAGCAUCAUGACCUACGAAAUUAAGAUCCUUUCCAAACACAGCGGGCCUGUCACGCCCGACGACACUGACCAUGACCAGUUCCAGAUCUCAGCCUAUGAAGACUCGGUAGCUGCCCAUCUCACCAAGAUCCUCAAUGCUGACCAAAACUCUGUGGUCAUCUCCUCUGCUAAGAUCCUGUGUGAGACAGUAAAGGACUUUGUUGCCAAAGUGGGGAAGUCCUAUGAGAGAAGCACUGAGAAUACAGAGGAGUGUGACACCAUGUCUCUCAAAUGUGCCAUCCUGAAUGAGAAGCUAGAUUUGCUCCUUCAGACCCUCAACACAGAAACCCAGUCAUUUCCCCCACCACCUCGCCUUUCCACACCCCCCAUCGUUGAGGAGGAGGAAGAAGAGGAGGAGGUGAGCGAGGAGUCGUUGACCGAGCUGAAGGAGAAACUGGAAGCGGAGGAGAGUGAGAAGGGAGGAGAGAACGGAGGAGGUUCGCCACACAAGAUGUUCAGAGCUAAAGAACAGUUGAUGCUACGGGCAAACAGCCUGAAGAAGGCUGUACGAGAGAUUAUGCAACAGGCAGAGAGAGUGGUGGAUGAGCAGAAUGCCAGCACGGAGGAGCAGGAGCUGCCGUCCACGUUUGAGUUUAGGAAGGAGGGAGAGGAGGACAACAGGGACAGUGAAAAGGACGAGGACACCAAGGAACUAGAGAUCCUGCCAUUGGCUAAGAGUCCUUGUUCCCCUCCUGAAAGGUGUGUGAGUCGCGGCAGCCAAUCAUGUGGCUCUUUCUCCAUCACACCCUUCACCACCAGCAAGGAGAACCUGCCUGUACUCAACACACGUAUCAUCUGCCCUGGUACAUCCUACGGUUUGCGUGCUGGUCUGGCAGCCUCUAUAGCUGGUAGCUCCAUCAUCAGUAAGAUGCUGCUGGCCAAUAUCGACCCAUUUGGAGCUACGCCCUUUCUGGACUCUGACCUGGACUCACUAGAGGGCUUUAGUGAGAAGUGUGUCAUGAACAACUACUUUGGCGUUGGGCUGGAUGCUAAGAUCACAUUGGAGUUCAACAACAAGAGGGAAGAACACCCAGAGAAGUGCAGGAGUCGUACUAAGAACAGGGUAUGGUAUGGGGUUCUGGGCACCAAGGAACUCCUCCAGAGAACCUAUAAGAAUCUAGAACAGAAGGUUCAACUGGAGUGUGACGGUCAGUACAUCCCCCUGCCCAGCCUUCAGGGCAUUGCGGUGCUGAACAUCCCCAGCUAUGCAGGUGGAACCAACUUCUGGGGAGGAACCAAGGAGGACGACAUAUUCUGUGCCCCGUCGUUUGAUGAUAAAAUCCUGGAGGUGGUAGCAGUGUUUGGCAGUAUGCAGAUGGCUGUGUCCAGAGUCAUCAAACUGCAACACCACCGCAUAGCACAGUGUCGCUCAGUGAAGAUCACUAUCCUGGGAGAGGAGGGUGUUCCUAUCCAAGUGGACGGAGAGGCCUGGGUACAACCUCCUGGAGUCAUUAAGAUCCAACACAAGAACAGAGCCCAGAUGUUGACCAGGGACAGGGCGUUUGAGAACACUCUGAAGUCGUGGGAGGACAAGCUGAAGUAUGACAAGCUGCCCUUGCGGUCUCACCUUUACUCCCAGCAGUCUGUGGACCUGGCCACUGAGGAGGAGGUGGCCCUCGUACAGCUGGUUGCCCGCGCUGCAGACGAUCUCAUCACCAGGAUCUGUGAGGCAGCCAAGACCAAUGGGCUUUUAGAGCAGGAGCUGGCUCACGCCGUCAACGCCUCAUCACACGCCAUCAACAAGACACACCCCAAGUUAGCCGAGAGUAUGGCCAGGAACACUGCUAUAGAAGUAGCCAGCAAUGUGAAGGCUUUACACAACGAGACUGAAUCCCUUCUGGUGGGACGGGUAUCACUGCAACUGGAACCCUCAGAUGAAGAGUCUUUAUCCAGUGCUCUGCAGAGUGUGGAGAUGGAGCUAGGCAAACUUGUAGAUAUUCCCUGGUUAUACCAUAUACUGCAGCCUAAUGAAGAUGAGGACCCCUCGUUAGAGUAUGGCAAGAGCAACAGUCGUAGCAGCAUGUUCAGAAUUGUGCCAAAGUUCAAGAAAGAGAAAGCUACCAAGAAGACCAACCCUCAGUCAGUGGAGCGAUGGGGUACAGAGGAGGUAGGAGUCUGGCUGGAGCAGCUCAGUCUGGGAGAGUACAGAGAUACCUUCACACGCCAUGACAUCAGAGGCUCUGAACUGCUGCACCUGGAGAGGAGGGACCUGAAGGAUCUGGGGAUAUCGAAAGUGGGUCAUAUGAAGAGAAUUCUCCAGGGAACUAAGGACCUGGCCAAGACCGCAAUGGUUGACCUCUAACCCAGAAGUAGUUGGUGCCAGAGUGGAAGUGCCCUUCCACCACAGAGAAAGAGUUUGGGAGCUCCGCAGGGAGAGCUGAACGCCUGGCAUCUUGGGGUGGAUGGAUGGAUUUGAUCCUUUGAUGGAUUUAAGAAAGCUGUUGGUGAGAAAUUGUCUAACAGGAAUGUUUUAGUGAGGCUGUGUUUGGUGCCAAAAUAGAAGAUGGCAAUCUACAGUUGUUGACAGUUUAAAGAAGGAAGCCAUAGUUUUUCUAAAAAAAAUGCUAAUUUUCUCUAAUCAUAUUUUCAUCCAUGGCCCAAUCGGGUAUGCAACAGAUCCUCAUUAUAAGAGUUGGUUUGGUAUUCUGGCCUCAUAGAGAAAGCCCAAUCCAAGUAGCAACAAGGUGACUUCCAUGAGUGUGCCCUAACAAUGUGCUGUGAGUGUGUACAGUUCAGCACAGUCACUACAUUACCGUGCAGCUUUGUGAUUGGCUUACUGGCUCUUUGCCUGGCAGUAGAAGGCUACAGACGCAACGCUACAGUCUGCAAUAUCCUGCUUUCGCUGUUUACACCAGAGGAGAUAGGCGACGUCCCAAAUAGCACCCUCUUCCCUAUGUAGGGCACUACUUUUAAGUGGUGCACUAUGUAUGGAAUAGGGUCUGAUUACAGACGUGUCCUGGGAGAAGGAGAUGCAAUGCCACAACCUAAAGCGAGUCAAGAGAGGUCUCUGAAAACAGUGAGACAUAUGUUGCAUGCUAUGCUAGCUUGAUUUGGGAUAUCAAUUUUGAAUUGCAAGAUUAGUGUCUUGGUUCUUUUGUGUAAAAAAUGACUUUAGUAUUAUUAUACCAUUUGUUACUACUGAAAGCAUUAUUUUGGUAUGAAUCAACCUUUUUUGUUAAUUAUUUUUAUUUAUGUUUUUGUUUUUGCAUGAUAAUUAUGUGUCAAGGACCUGUGUCAUGUGCCAUAUUUUAUUCAUUUUAUUGUAAAAAUGUGCUUUAUUGGUAAGAGAACAUCAGAAUAUAAGACAAGUUACUAGAUUAACUAUUAGGAGUUAUACUUUGUUUUCUGUUGAAAUGAAAAUCAGUACCAAAGUGAAUGUCCACUAAACUUCCAGACAUAAAUGUUAACUUUGAAAGUAGUGAAAAUAACAUAAUCAUGUUUGGGAUUAAUAUCAGUUCCAUAUAGAGUGUUAUAAAUUGGAUUCUAGAAUUCUGGAAACGUUCAAUAAAUUCCCUGGUUUCCCAGAAAUCUUGGUUGGAGGAUCUGCAUUUCCUGCUUCUUAUCUUCUGAGUCCAGAAAACCUCCAACCGGGAUUUCGGGAAAACCACAGGAUUUAUUUACAUUUCCCGGAAUUUUGCAACCCUAGCUGUAAAUCCAACAAUUUCAUAUUUUUAUGGAACGCUUGACAGGGACUUUUCCAUGUUGCUAUUUGCUAUUUGCAAAGUUACAUCCUCAUAUCACUAGAUACAAUUCACCGCAAUCUCUAGCAUUUAAACACUCAAUAUUUCACAGAGUAACACUAUGGUAGUGGGAAUAGGAGUUAAAUGUUGAUUUAAGUAUAAGUUUGAGCAGCUCAUCUGCAACAGGAGAAAGUGCAGAUUUAGUUGCUCAGUGUGACAUGUAAUUGUAAUAGGACACUUUUGUUAGGUUGGUGGCAUUACAGGGUAUACCUAUAUAUGUGAUGCUAAGUAUGCAUAUACAAUAUAUGCACUGAAUAUAUACAAUCUAAAGCAGUGUAUGCAUACACUGUUAGUAGCUUUUGUAGUCAAAUGCCUCUGUAGAUUAUAGUUAACAGCUAACACGUUUUGAUGACCAUGUCUAUUGAUUUGCGCCAUGAACACCAAUUGUGGAUUAUUGAUUUUGUUAAAUAGGAUAAUCUGUCCUGAUUUUGUUUAAUGCUGUUGUGUUCUAACGGAGGUGCAAUAUUAUAUUGGUUUUGGUCGUCUUUCUGACGUGAUGUUUCGCUGUGGGGAAAACCCAAAGGGUUAACUGACCGACUUUUAAACUAAAUAGCGUUUCUUACUAAUUUCAUUUUCAUUCAAAAUUCUUCCAACAGCUCAAUGGUUUUUAGUCUUGUUCCCCUGUGCUUCCAGGAUGAUUCUCAAAGCAGGAAAUAAUAGACCGUGUUACUGACUAUGUGAGACUGUUGAACGGGCAGACCUGACUGUUGUUCUGUGCUUUAUGUAUCUAAGAACCCUUGUAUGUUCAUUUACUUCAGCAAAAUACUUAGCAUCAACUGUAUGUUUAUCAUUGAUCAGCCAAGUUAUAUUAUCAAUGAUCCUAUAUCAUCAAGCCUUCUUUUUUUAAUCAUUUUUUUACCUCAACAAAACUGUUCGAAUCAGGAUUGUGGCUUGCUUAAUUUUAAAGCACCAGAAAGUAGCAUGUAUCUUUUACUCCAUAAUUUUGCAGUAUAUAAAGGACUGUAAAAUAAAACAUUACCACCCACCUCUCUUUUGGUGGCCUAUCAAGAGAUUUCACAUUAUCAAUAAGCAUAUAAUUGUUGCUUAUGCUCACAAUCUAGUAUAAAAAAAAAUAAACAUGAAACCCAAAACACGAGGACUUUUAAUCCCCUAAAACAUUAACCUCUUUUUGCGAAAGAAGUUAGAUUUUAGAAUUAUGCCAAGAGCAUCUAAAUCAUACCUUAGUAAAUGGUUUAGACAAAAAAAAAAGGUUUUUAUUGCAAGUAUGAUUGUUAUGAAGAAACAAAACAUAGCCACAAGCUAGCUAGGUUCCUAACCAAAGACAUGAAUGAAACAUUCUGAACAUUCAGUCUUUUUUGAAAUUCUAAGUAUCCAAGCCACAGUUCUUGAUCAUCAUUUAUGUGUCUUGUUGUCUUUAGAGCCCCGUUUCCACUGGCACUUAACAUUAGGGCCCAGUUGGUUCCAAAUUCGAGCUGGCUCAAAUGGAAUUCUUAAAUUCGAGCUGGGUCGAGGGAAACCCGGCUGCCUGAGCAGCCAAGUUUCACAACUGGUUAGAAUUCGGGCUGGUGACACCGUUACUAUGCAACCACCAAGCUUAUCAACGUAGUCUGGGCUUGUUACUGUUAGCUAGGACAUGAACAAGCAGUAUUGCAGAUAUCAGACAUGACACUAAUUACAACCAUACCUGGAUCCUUUAUUCAUUUUUGCACUACACAAUAAACCUUUAUGAGAACAGUCAGCCCAGCCCGCGAAUGCUAUAGCUACCUAACGUUAGCUGGCAAAUCAGAGUUGAACAAGCUAGCUAGCUAGCUAAUGUGAGCUAGCAGGAAUUUAAGCUGGCCAGGUCAUAUUGAAAAUUAGCUAGACAUGGCAGGGUAGCCUAGUGGUUAGAGCGUUGGACUAGUAACCGGAAGGUUGCAAGUUCAAACCCCCGAGCUGACAAGGUACAAAAUCUGUCGUUCUGCCCCUGAACAGGCAGUUAACCCACUGUUCCUAGGCCGUCAUUGAAAAUAAGAAUUUGUUCUUAACUGACUUGCCUAGUAAAAUAAAGGUAAAAAUAAAUAAAUAAAUAAAAAAUAUCAAACCUAUCAUCUGGUUAGCUAGCUAGCUAAUAGCCAAUGCCAUGGCAAGCAAAUUAGGAAUUAAGCCUGUUAGCUAGCUAAUGUCAGCAAGCUAAAUAUAUGGCUCUGAGUCUAGCUGGCACUGGCAGGAGUAUGGGGUAACAUUAGUUACAGCAUGGUGAGGGUGAAUUACAUUUUUUAAAAUCUAGCUAGCUAGCUAGGUAGCAACAUUAGCGAAGCCAGCUGCAGUCACAUAUUGGCUACCUAGCAGCAUGACAUAAUUUCAUAUUUCUUGGCCAGCCCAACCUGGGUUGACUUUAAAGUGCCAAUGGAAACAAUGCUUACGUGGCUUAGGUAUAGGCUGGUUUCACAGACAUAGACAGAUGGAUUUUUAAGUUCUAGCUGUUGUUCUCAGAGUAGUUUGACCUUGGAAUACAUAGUUCUGUAUUUAUAUUAAAACCACAUUUUCAGUAGUCUGAAUUCAAGUGCAAUCUAGGUAGUUUAUGUCUGCACAGCUGCAGGAAGUAGGAGUGCUGAGGGUGCUGCAGCACCGUGUGAAAAAUCAAAAGUUUAAAAAAAAAUAUAUAUAUAUGUAUUUUUUUCUCCACAAAAGUAGUGCACUAGGCCCUUAGUACUCCUGUAUUAGUGGACCGAUCUAGCCGUCUGUAACGCGGCCCAACAUUUUUUUUGCAGCAUCGCCGCAGCACCCCCACCCCCAAACUACUUCCUGCGGCUAUGUACUGUGUGUCUGUGUUUCAAACUCUGUGUGAUUUAAUCUGAGCUGAGGUUCCUCACGGCAGGUCACACUCACGGCUUCAGUUCCCAGGCUGUAUGUGUGUGUUGUCUAUCUCUGUGUGUCUGUCUGAAGGGUGGGUGUCUGUCUGUCUGAAGGGUGUCUGCCUGGUUCUGUAUGAGUGUGCUGUCUGUCUCUGUGUGUCUGUCUGAAGGGUGUCUGUUUGUCUCUGUGUGUGUGUCUGUCUGUCUGAAGGGUGUUUGGCUGAUUCUGUAUGAGUGUGCUGGACCCCAGACUACAUGCUUAGAGAGAGAGAGCUUGAGUUCUCCAAUUUAGGCAGAGGUUUCCCAUGGGCACUGAUCUUAGCUCACCUCACCCAAUCCUAACCAUAACCAUUAGGGUGGGGGAAACGCAAAACUGAUCUUAGAUCAGCAUCCAUGGGCAACAUCAUCCAUCACCAUGUUUUCCAAUGGUAUGUAUAUAUAAUGCUGCAAACUGCCUGGUUUUCAUAAACCAACCAAACCCUAUGUGAGGACUCUUAAGAUGGGGUAACCCGAUAGUCUUUAACAUGGUUAAUAACAUGGUGGAAGAGAAGUGAGAUUCAUUUGUUUACAUUGUUUACAAUGGCACAGUUUUACUUGCUAAGGAUAAAAAAAUAUGUAAACUCAGCAAAAAAGGAAACAUCCUCUCACUGUCAACUGCGUUUAUUUUCAGCAAAUUUUCAGCAAAUUUAACAUGUGUAAAUAUUUGUAUGAACAUAACAAAAUUCCACAACUGAGACAUAAACUGAACUGAAGUUCCACAGACAUGUGACUAACAGAUGGAAUAAUGUGUCCCUGAACAAAGGGGGGGUCAAAAUUAGAAAUCAAAUGUAACAGUCAGUAUCUGGUGUGGCCACCAGCUGCAUUAAGUACUGCAGUGCAUCUCCUCCUCAUGGACUGCACCAUAUUUGCCAGUUCUUGCUAUGAGAUGUUACCCCACUCUUCCAACAAGGCACCUGCAAGUUCCCGGACAUUUCCUGGGAGAAUGGCCCUAGCCCUGACCCUCCGAUCCAACAGGUCCCAGAAGUGCUCAAUGGGUUUGCGAUCUGAGCUCUUCGCUGGCUAUGGCAGAAUACUGACAUUCCUGUCUUGCAGGAAAUCACACACAGAACGAGCAGUAUGGCUGGUGGCAUUGUCAUGCUGGAGGGUCACGUCAGGAUGAUGUCUUCCCUGUAACGCACAGUAUUGAGAUUGCUUGCAAUGACAACAAGCUCAGUCCGAUGAUGCUGUGGCACACGCUCCGGACCAUGACAGACCCUCCACCUCCAAAUCGAUCACGCUUUGGUGUAAUGCUCAUUCCUCCGACGAUAAACUCAAAUCUGACCAUCACCCCUGGUGAGACAAAACAGCAACUUGUCAGUGAAGAGCACUCUUUGCCAGUCCUAUCUGGUCCAUCGAUGGUGGGUUUGUGCCCAUAGGCGACAUUGUUGCCAGUGAUGUCUGGUGAGGACCUGCCUUACAACAGGCCUACAAGCCCUCAGUCCAGCCUCUCUCAGCCUAUUGCAGACAGAGCACUGAUGGGGGGGAUUGUGCAUUUCGGGUGUAACUCGGGCAGUUGUUGUUGCUAUCCUGUUCCAGGUUUGAUGUUCAGAUGUACCAAUCCUGUGCAGGUGUUGUUACAUGUGGUCUGCCACUGAUCAGCUGUCCGUCCUGUCUCCCUGUAGCACUGUCUUAGGCGUCUCACAGUACGGACAUUACAAUUCAUUGCCAUGGCCACAUCUUCAGUCCUCAUGCCUCCUUGCAGCAUGCCUAAGGCACGUUCACACAGUUGAACAGGGACCUUGGGCAUCUUUCUUUUGGUGUUUUUCAGAGUCAGUAGAAAGGCCUCUUUAGUGUCCUAAGUUUUCAUAACUGUGACCUUAAUUUCCUACCGUCUUUAAGCUGUUAGUGUCUUAACGACCGUGUUCAUUAAUUGUUUGUGGUUAAUCGAACAAGCAUGGGAAACGGUGUUUAAACCCUUUACAAUGAACAUCUGUGAAGUUAUUUGGAUUAUUACGAAUUAUCUUUGAAAGACAGGAUCCUGAAAAAGGGACGUUUCUUUUUUUGCUGAGUUUAUGUAAACAAAAAGUGCAUAUUUAUUGCCUAAGGUUAAACAACAUGAUGAUGUAACUAUGUUUUCUUCUUUGGAAGAUAAUGUUACAGUUUAUCACUUGUGUUACUAUCUGGAUGCUUUUGGUAGAGCAGUUUUAUGACUACCAAGCAGUGGAGGCUGGUCGGAGGAGCUAUAGGAGGACAGGCUAAUUGUAGUGUCUGGAAUGGAAUAAAAGGAACAGAAUCAAACGUGGUUUACAUAUGUUUGAUGUGUUUAAUUCCAUUCCAGCCAUUACAAUGUGCCUGUCCUCCUAUAGAUCGUCCCACCAGCCUCCACUGCUACCAAGUGACUGUUUUUUGUGCUUUUUUUUUAUGGUUACAAUGCAUGGUUAGCUAUUUAUUACAAUAUGGAAGUCGCUGAGAUGUGUAUUUUUGUAUUCAGAUUAAAUAAAUGGUUCAAAUUUGUUGUACAUUGUUAGGUGCCUUAAAAACAAGGCUAUCUUCCUUCUUCAAUAAAAACGAGUGCAUACACAA